AUGACUGCUGAAUUUGACACAGGUCAAUUAACACCGUCGCCACCACCACAAUCAAAUGGACACAGCGAUCCUAGAUCACAACUUGAAACAACACUUGAAUCUUUAAUCAAUAGAUUAUGGGACAUAACAGUAAAACUCAAUGAAUAUGACAAUCACCAGAAUAAACAGUCAUUAACGAACUCAUUAGUGGAUCUUGCAACAUUAUAUGAAAGGGUAAAUACACUUCAAGAAAAAAUCAAACAAAUAGAUGUACCUAUAGAUGUAAUAGAUUCUAUUGAUGAAGGUAAAAAUCCAGAUAUUUAUAUGAGAGAUUACGUUGAAGAAGUUAUGGUUGAGCACAUAGAAGCUGCUGAAAAAGCCGCACGUGAAAAAGCGGAGGGUUAUGGCUCAGAAAAUUAUGGUAAAAAACCAAUGAAUCAAUCACAAGAGAGGACCAGUGUUAAAAGAACUUUGAUAUCUGAUAUUAAUGCUAGUCGUACUGGUGAAACAGUAAACAUUCGAGCUAGAGUACAAACCUCAAGACCAACCAGUUCAAAACUUGCAUUCUUUGUUUUUAGGCAACAAAAUGCUACAAUUCAAGGUGUUUUAACUGUCGAUGAAAAAGAUGUGAGCAAAGGAUUCGUUAAGUUUGCUUCCAAUCGUGUUGCAUUAGAUACACGAUUAAAUCAUCGUAUAGUUGACCUUCGUACAAUAACAAAUAAUGCAAUUUUCCGAAUUCAAUCUGGAGUUUGUCAAUUAUUUCGUGAUUUUCUUUUAUCAAAGAAUUUUAUCGAGAUUCAUACACCAAAAAUAAUUAGUGCGGCUAGUGAAGGUGGUGCAAAUUUAUUCACAGUGAAAUAUUUCAAAGCAUACCUUGCACAAUCACCACAAUUAUAUAAGCAAAUGUGUAUAUGUUCAGAUUUUGAGAGGGUAUUCGAGAUAGCACCUGUUUUCCGAGCAGAGAAUGCAAACACUCAUCGACAUAUGACAGAAUUUGUUGGACUUGAUUUAGAGAUGGCUUUUGAAGAACAUUAUCAUGAAGUACUUGAUAUCCUAGAUGAAUUAUUUGUCUAUAUUUUUGAUGGAUUGAAAACACGAUAUAAAUCGGAAAUCGAAGCCAUUAAAAAACA